CCAGACUGCUCCUGUGCACCUGUGACUCCUCUAGGUCGCAUGCAUGACCGCUGACGUCCGCACAAAAGUCGCGAUGAUAAGCUUCCCCAAACGGCAUCUUUGUAUUUACACAGAGUCACUCGUUGCUUACAGUGAAGUCUGCUCCUUCAUUGCUCCUCCUUCAGCCCGCGCGCAGUAAACUUGCAGAACUUGCAUUCGUGCUUAGCUUCGGUCCAAAUAAGGCUCUUUCCGAACCCUGAAGCACAAUGGCCCUCACCACUCUCGCCAGCCGCAAGGCCGCUGCCUUCAGCAGUGUCUCCUCGCGCAAGGUGGCUCUGGCUCCGACUCCGGCUAAGCGCAUGGUCUCUACGCGUGCGGUUGGCGACGUGAAUGCGCCAAUUGAAUACGCUGUUGGAGCGGCCAUCCUCGUCUCGCUCGUUGCAACUGCGAUUAUCCCCAUUGUGUUGAACCCGGGCCAGCAAGCUGCCGACAAAAUCUUCAACGCCAAGCAGAAGGCGCCCCUGGACAAGCCCACCACCCCUGGCAAGAACAGUGGCAAGAAGUAAAAUGCCGGGUUCUAUCAGCGUUGGUUUGGUGCUGCUAAGCAGGAUGUGGUGGUGGGAACUUCUCUGACUGAUGACAGGCGCCAGCGCCCAUAGACGGCAGGCUAGGCAGGCAGCGUGAUGCGUUGAGGGAGGAUAGCAUGUGAGGCCCGUUGUAUCGUAUGGCGAGGGCUGGGGGUACAUGCGAAGGUUGAAACGGUAAAUCUUUGGACCGCGGACUGGGCGUGACGUGUAGAAUUACUUGGCCAACAUGUAUGUUAGUGUUGAUGAUUGGCCGGAUUCUCCGCCCGCGCAGACCAUAUUCUUUGUGCUGUACCUGACGGGGACGGAGCCGCAAGAGACGGCAUUUUGCUGUGGCGCCGUUGCACCUAUGUAAUAUUCCCGUGCG